AUGAUUCCGGACGACGUUCUCUCCCUAAUCGCCACAUCCGUCGCGUCGAAAUGCGCGUCGGCCGCGGAGUUCGCCAGCCUGCGCCUCUCCUGCAAGCGAUUCCACGAGGUCGCCACAUUCCCCGAGGUCCUCUCCGCGCUCCCCAUCUCCGCGCUCACAUGCCCCGCGCGCGCUUACUCCGCUUCCUACCGCUCCUUCCUCCGCGCGUGCGCCGACGCGCGCAACAACGAGGCCGCGUUCCUCCUCGGGAUGAUCGAGUUCUACUGCCUAGGCGACCGAAAGGACGGAAUUAAACACCUAGUCCAAGCCGCGAAAGCCGGGCACCCCGGCGCGCUGCAUUCUCUCGCGGUCGUCCAUUUCAACGGCAGCGGCGGCACGGUCCCCGAGCGGAAACUGUCCGUCGGCGUGCUUCUCUGCGCCAGCGCGGCGCAGCAGGGUCACGUGGCGGCGCUUCGGGAGCUGGGGCACUGCUUGCAGGACGGGUACGGGAUCAAGAAGAACGUGGCGGAGGGGAGGCGGUUACUGAUGGAGGCGAAUCUGCGGGAGUUCGCAGCCAGCCAGGUGUUAUCUGGAGAAGGUGGCUUCCCCGAGGCUGAGCAGAAGCUUCGGCAGCUUGAUGCGGUGAUAAAGUCUGUGAAGGCGGUGAUUCCGAAGCUGAGCGCGGACGAGGCGCGGGGUAGCGAGCAGGAGCAGUUUAAGGACGGGCAAGUGCCGGCGUCUGCCGCGGCGGAGUCGCGCGCGCAGGAGCAUGUGUGCGCCCACGAGCACGCGCACGAGCACUCACACGCGGGUCCCUGCAACCUGCCUUCCGCCAACGGCGCCUCUUCCCCCGCGCAGCUGCUGCAGUCUCUCUGCCGCUGCCUGCGCCCGCUCAUGAGCGACUUCGGUUGCGCCGUUCCAAAUCUCCCCCUUCCCCCCGCUUCGCGCUUCCUCCUCGAGUGGAACGCGGAGCACGGCAUCCCCGCGCCCGAGGGCGGACUGAAGGUGUGCGGAAACGUGCGCUGCGGGCGGCCGGAGACGCGCGAGAAGGAGUUCCGCUGCUGCGCGGUGUGCUCGGGCCCCAGCUACUGCUCCCGCGCGUGCCAGGCGCUGGAUUGGCGCGAGGGGCACAUGGAUGCGUGCCACGAAGCCCCUUCAGCGGAGGAUGCAGUUCAACUGGGGGAGGGGGAGGCUGUGGAGGUCGCUUGA